AUGAACUUUCUAUUCUUUUUCUUUCAAGGAUGUUUGGCUUACAUUUUGCGUUAUCGCCCUUCUCUUUCGUGGUCGGAUGAGGUAGUCAUGAUACGUAGCAGUUACAACGAUAUCUUUACAGAUAUAUUGUCGUUUCCGAUUCUACUCUUUCGUUAUUCUUUUUUUUCUUUCUUUCUUAAUUCUGUUAUUCUUUUUAAGGUCUUUCUUUCUUUAUUCUGUUAUUCCUUUUUAAGGCCUUUCUUUCUUUAUUCUGUUAUUCUUUUUAAGGUCUUUCUUUAUUUAUUCUGCCUUUCUUUCUUUCUUUAUUCUUUCUAUCUUUCUUUCUUAAAUUCGUUUUUUUCUAUUUCAUUUUUCCUUUCACUUAAUUUCACUUUCUUUGACUCUAUUUCCUCCGCAACUCUUUUGAUAAUCUUUAUUUUUUUCGUUUUUAUCUUGGUUUUCUUUAUUUAUGUAUUUAUUUUUAUUCUUUCAUUUUUUCGUUCUACCUUUCUUUCUUUCUGUCUAUCUUUUUUUUCGUUCUUGCUUUCUUUUUUUUUAAGAUGUUGCUGUCUUAUUAAUGUUGGUCUCUCAUUUUCUUUCUUUCUUUCUUUCUUUCUUUCUUUCUUUCUUUCUUUCCGUUUAUCCUUUCAUCCUCUCUAUAAUUUCCCUGAUGGUGUUCUCUAUUUUUUUCACUUUUUUCUGUUUAUCCUUUUCUUCCUUUCUAUAAUUUUCCUUUUUCCGUUUAUUUUUUUCCCUUCACUUCUCUCUUUUUCCUUAUUCAUGAAUUCAUUUUAUUUUAUUUCUUUCUUUCAUUCUUUCUUUCGUUCUUUCAUUCUUUCUUUCGUUCUUUCAUUCUUUCUUUCGUUCUUUUUCCUUUCUUUCUUUCUUUCUUUCUUUCUUUCUUUCUUUCUUUUAUGA